AUGUACAUGCAGAACGCGGUGGUGCUUAUAACGAACCUGCAGCAUGUGGUGGCUGCUCUUAUAACGAACCUGCAGCAUGUGGUGGCUGCUCUUAUAACGAACCUGCAGCAUGUGGUGGCUGCUCUUAUAACGAACCUGCAGCAUGUGGUGGCUGCUCUUAUAAAGAACCUGCAGCAUAUGGUGGCUGCUCUUAUAACGAACCUGCAGCAUGUGGUGGCUGCUCUUAUAACGAACCUGCAGCAUGUGGUGGCUGCUCUUAUAACGAACCUGCAGCAUGUGGUGGCUGCUCUUAUAACGAACCUGCAGCAUGUGGUGGCUGCUCUUAUAACGAACCUGCAGCAUGUGGUGGCUGCUCUUAUAACGAACCUGCAGCAUAUGGUGGCUGCUCUUAUAACGAACCUGCAGCAUGUGGUGGCUGCUCUUAUAACGAACCUGCAGCAUGUGGUGGCUGCUCUUAUAACGAACCUGCAGCAUGUGGUGGCUGCUCUUAUAACGAACCUGCAGCAUGUGGUGGCUGCUCUUAUAAAGAACCUGCAGCAUAUGGUGGCUGCUCUUAUAACGAACCUGCAGCAUGUGGUGGCUGCUCUUAUAACGAACCUGCAGCAUGUGGUGGCUGCUCUUAUAACGAACCUGCAGCAUGUGGUGGCUGCUCUUAUAACGAACCUGCAGCAUGUGGUGGCUGCUCUUAUAACGAACCUGCAGCAUGUGGUGGCUGCUCUUAUAACGAACCUGCAGCAUAUGGUGGCUGCUCUUAUAACGAACCUGCAGCAUGUGGUGGCUGCUCUUAUAACGAACCUGCAGCAUGUGGUGGCUGCUCUUAUAACGAACCUGCAGCAUGUGGUGGCUGCUCUUAUAACGAACCUGCAGCAUGUGGUGGCUGCUCUUAUAACGAACCUGCAGCAUGUGGUGGCUGCUCUUAUAACGAACCUGCAGCAUGUGGUGGCUGCUCUUAUAACGAACCUGCAGCAUGUGGUGGUUCUUGAGGAAGGAAAGCACGGAGAAGGCGGAGCUGAGACGCAGGGAAAAGUAUAG